AAUGCACAUCAGGAUUUCUCCAAGAUGAAACAAUCAAACAAUGAAUCCAACUUAAGAGAAGAAGUUUUGAAGAACUUAGCUGUAGCAAAUGACAACUUCGUGGAACUUGUAGCAAAUUUAAAAGAAGGGACAAGGUUUUACAAUGAGCUGACAGAAAUCCUGCUGAGGUUCCAGAACAAGUGCAGUGACCUUGUCUUUGCUCGCAAGACGGAAAGAGAUGAGCUGCUCAAAGAUUUGCAGCAGAGCAUUGCUCGGGAGCCCAGCGCUCCCUCCAUUCCUCUGCCCACCUACCAGACCACGGCAGCCGGAGGCACCAAGCCGGCUGCGUCGCCGACCCCCACGCCAGCCCCCAGAACCAUGGUGGGGACUAAACCACAGCCACCAGCACGACCACCACCACCAGUGAUUUCUGCAGCAAGCAGUCCCUCUUCUGGAUCAGCACCCUCUGGAGCAGCUGCAGCUCCUGCUGCUGCUCCUGCUGCUACUCCUGCUGCUCCCCCAGCAGCCAGUGCCCCUGCAGCAGGCACUGCACCUUCCCAGGCACAGGGACCUCCUUACCCAACGUACCCGGGAUACCCAGGGUAUUGCCAGAUGCCAAUGCCCAUGGGCUAUCACCCCUACAUGUAUGGUCAGUAUAACCUGCCAUAUGCACCCUCCCCUGUGUACCCAAACCCUGGACAAGCGCCCUACCCACCGCCUCAACAACCUGGGUACCCUCUUCCUCAACAGCCUUACUACCCUCAGCAAUAAUGCAUCUGCAAAGAAGCUCUGCUUGUGAAAAUCUGGGAGAAAUUGGCAAUAAGCAUACUAAAACUUUUAGCUUCAGUUAAUGUACCAUACUGAACUGUAGGCAGCCUGUAACUCCUGUUUAUUGUUAACUGCUCCACGUCUAGAUCAGUUUUUGAUUACACUAAACACUUGGAGAGUUCUGCUGCAGUGGCUUAGCCUGUAGACUAAUGCCAGAAUUAGAGGCUGAUUCAGUGGUCUGAAUCUGCUCACUCCAUGUUGGCUAGACCAAAAUAGUUCUUUGCAAAAAUCCUUUAAGUAACGAAUGGGUUGGGAUGAGAAAAACGAAGCAGUGCGUGCACUGGGUGUGAUAUAUUCUACAGAACCAUAUAGCUUUUCCUUCUAUACUCUUGAUGGGUUUGUAUUUUUUUUGAGUUGAGUUAAAAUAUGCUAUUUUAUCUAAUAAUCAAGGCCUUGUAAAUCAUCAGUAAAAGAAAUAAAUUACUUAAGAACGGUUUAAACA